AUGUACGCCCCACUGCUGGUGACACUGGUGACACUGGUGACAGUGCCCACGGGCGUCUCUCCCUACGGCUUCCGCAACUGCAUCCAGGCUCCGUGGGACCCGGGGCUGUUCCGCUGCGUCCAGCGCUUCCUGACCACCGUGGGGGCUGCCGUGGGUGACCUCCCCCCCAACACCACCUCCCUCAACCUCUCGGUCAACACCCUGCACCAGGUGCCCCCUGACGCCUUUGCCCACCUCCCGCGGCUCCGCACCCUCGACCUGACCCACAACCGGCUGGAUAUGCUAGCCCGGGGGGCUUUCCGGGGGCUGCUGGCACUGGCCCAGCUGGACCUGGCCCACAACCACCUGUCAGUGCUGCCCACGGGGGUCUUCACCGGGCUGGGCAACCUGAGCAUGCUGCGGCUGGACCACAACCCGCUGCUCGCUGUGGCCCCAGGGUGCCCCGGCCGCGCCAUUGUGGACAACAUCGUGGAUGCCGUGUACAACAGCCGGCGCACAGUGUGCGUGGUGAGCCGCGGGUACUUGCGCAGUGAGUGGUGCUCGCUGGAGAUCCAGCUCGCCAGCUACCGCCUCUUCGACGAGCUGCGUGAUGUCCUUGUGCUCAUCUUCCUCGAGGACAUCCCUGAGGCUGAACUCUCAGCCUUCCACCGCAUGCGCCGUGUGCUGCUGCGCCGCACCCACCUGCGCUGGCCCAGCGAGCCUCUUGCCCGACCUCUCUUCUGGGCCAAGCUCAGGGGUGCCCUGAGUGGCGGGGAUGAGGAGGAGGAGGACAGGGAGAGGAAGAGAGGCACAACGGGGACCCCCAGGGAGGUUCCCCCUCAGAACAGCAGCUUUCUGCCCACAGUUCUCUCUGGGGAAUGUGCCCUGAGCAGUGAGGAGAAAGAGGAGGAGGAGGGGGUGGUCAGGGACGAAGGCUGUCCUGACAUGACUGGGAUCCCUGGGGAGAUUCCCCCUCAGAAAAACAGUUCUGUGCCCCAAAAUCACUGGGUUUCCUCUGGGGAAUGUGCCCUGGGCAGUGAGGAGGAGGACAUGGAGAGAGGGGAGAAGGAGGAAGGAUGUCCUGGCAUGACCAGGACCCCCAGGGAGGCUCCCCCUCAGAAAAGCAAUUUUCUGCCCCCAGCUCACUGUUUUUUCUCUGGGGAAUGUACCCUACACAGGGACGAUGAUGGCAAGGAGGGGGAGUGGGAGGAGGAGGAGGAAAGCUCCAAGGUAAGAGAGCAGCUGCCCUAGAGCAGCCUCACCCUGGUGCAACCAUGACCCCCAGGGACAUUCCCCAUCAAAAAAAAUGGCUUUUCGCCCCCAAAUCCCUGUUUUUCCAGUGGGAAAUGUACCCUGUGCAGUGGGGACAAUGGUGAGGAGGAGGAGGAGAGGGAGGCAAGCUGGACAUCAAUGCCCCCAACCCCAGCAGCUCCAGAGACCCUGGAGAAUGGUCCUUCCUGGAGCCUCUGGCAAAAAGUACCUUGGGAGACUCGAGGAUGAUCCCUAUGAUUCUGGACUUUUGGGAUACAAAGGAUCCAAGGCCUGUUACACCCCCUCUGGAAGAAGAGAUCCUGGCAGCUUCUGAAGGGGUUUGAGCUGCUUCAGAAGUGAUUGGCACUGAAGCACAGCUCUUCCUGGCACCCCGACUGCCAGUGCUGGGCUGGAUGUUGAAAGGGAAAGUCCCUUCCACACAUCAUGCCAAUGAUGCCACGUGGAGCCAGUGGAUGGCUCUGAUCACACAGCAAGAUCACACAGAAAUCUCAGUUACUCAGGGAUCUUGGAAGUUGUCACAAACUGGCCUGAAGGUGAAAAUUUCAGACUAUCAUCAUCAUCGGAGGAGGAGCCACAUGCUGAGGAGGCCCCACCAUAUUAUCAGCUCCCAGAAAAUGAAAAGCGGCACACUCUCUUCACUGACGGUUCCUGACAUGUUGUAGGGACAACAGGUGGAUUGAGAUGCUAAGAUUAAAGUGUCUCGGGUGGAUCUGGACUGACAACACUAGAAUGAAUUAUUUCUGGCUCAGUGGGCCCAGGACGCCUCAGGUCAUCAGGAAGAGAUGGAACAUUGGCUCAUGAUGGAACAUUGGCUCAUGAUGGAGAGGUGGAUUUAACCAUAGACACCAUGUCCUGGGUUAUUCAUGACGGUGAAACGUGCUGAGAACAAGAAGGACAAGCAGGUAAAGUCUCUGUGGGAUGGGGGAUGAUGGUGGAAAUACAGAUAUGGGGAGGCCUGGCAGAUGGAUCACAUCAUACCCUGUGUUUACAAUGGUGGGAACAAGCCCUGGACAGCUGGACACACACCCUGUGCUCACACCACUGCCUGGAAGAAGGUCCUGGGCCUGGAAAAGCGAGUCCUGUAGGAACAUGGCCCCUAGAAAGAACUGAGAAUUUCAAAAACAGCCUCAUGGACCCCUGGGCCAGACAGCUCAGGAUGGAGUGGGUGUAUCAUAUUCCCCAUCAUGCACCAGCCACUGGGAAAGUUGAAUAGAACAAUGCACCAUUCAAAACCACCUUGAAAGCAUUGGGUGGUGGGACCUUGAAACACUGGGAUCUCCAUUUAGCCAAGGCUACCUGGUCAGUUCACACCCAAGGCUCCACCAACUGAGCUGACCCUGCCCAUCAGAACCUCCCUGUACCAUCGGAGGGGAUAAAGUCCCCAUGGUGCAUGUGAGGAACAUGUGAGGGAAGACAGUUUGGAUCAGUCCUGCCUCAAACAAAGGCAAACUCAACUGUGGGAUUGCUUUUGCUCAAGGAUCUGGGGGCACUUGCUGGGUGACGCAGAGGGACAGGGAAACAUGAUGUGUACCUCAAGGGGAUUUGGUUUGGGGUGAGAACAGUCUGCGAUGUUCAAUUGUAUAAUACUGGUUGCUGAAUGACACUGCCACUGUGUCCCAGAACUCCCAUGGACAAUGAGGAUGGGCUACUCCAGAUACACCAGUCGUGAGCUCCUGAUGCUGCUUGAAACCAGCCCACAGCACCCCAGCCCUGCCCUGGGAGACAUCCAGGGUGGAUAGAACCCACAGUCAUGGACUAAAUGAACUCAACAGACACCUUGGAGGGACAGCAUUGACUGGGGAAGUGAUUCCUGUGCUUGUGUGUGUGUAUAUAUAUAUAUAUAUAUAUCACUCGCUUCUCUCGUGCUCUCUGUUAUUAAUAUUGUUGCUGUUGCUGUUCCUUUUCUCAUCUUGCAGUUUCCAGUAAACAGUUCUUAUCUCAACCUGUGAUCUUCACCUUUUGUACUUCCAAUUCUCCUCUCCAAUGUG